CCCCGCCCGCUAAAACUACAUUUCCCAUCAUGCCUCUUGUCUGGGGGGGAAAAACUCCAUCCCCCAGCAUGCCCCGCGGGGGCUGCGGUUGGCCGCGUCCAAUAGCAGCGGCGGCGAGGCGAGGGGCCGGACCCGGCGGCGGAGGAGGCCGUUUAAAGUGGUGGCGCUUGCGGGGCGUGAGGGGAAUGGCGGAGCCGGCGGAGUAUCCCCCUUUCCAGCUGGGGAAGCCCCGCUUCGAGCAGACUUCGUUUUAUGGCCGAUUCAGGCACUUCUUGGACAUCGUUGACCCCCGCACUCUCUUUGUUACAGAGAGUCGUCUUAAAGAAGCUGUGCAGUUGCUGGAGGAUUAUAAACAUGGGACUUUACCCCCUGGAGUCACUAACAAAGAGCUUUGGGGAGCUCAAAAAAUAAAGCAGGCCAUCAUACAUCCUGAUACCAAUGAGAAGAUCUUCAUGCCUUUCAGAAUGUCAGGUUACAUUCCUUUUGGAACACCCAUCGUUGUUGGUCUUCUCCUACCAAACCAGACGCUGGCGUCCACGGUUUUUUGGCAGUGGUUGAAUCAGAGCCACAACGCAUGUGUCAACUAUGCAAACCGAAAUGCAACUAAGCCUUCUCCAACAUCCAAGUUCAUCCAGGGCUACUUGGGAGCUGUCAUAAGUGCUGUCUCAAUUGCAGUGGGCCUUAAUGUUCUGGUUCAGAGAGCAAACAAGUUUACGCCAGCUACCCGCCUCCUGAUCCAGAGGUUUGUGCCGUUCCCUGCUGUAGCUAGUGCCAAUAUCUGCAAUGUUGUCCUGAUGAGGCACACAGAGCUGGAAGAAGGGAUUGACGUCCUGGACAGUAACGGAAACAUUGUCGGAUCUUCCAGAAUUGCUGCCAAACAUGCACUGAUAGAGACAGCCCUGACUAGAGUGGUCCUGCCAAUGCCUAUACUGGUUCUACCUCCAAUGAUUAUGUCUAUACUGGAAAAAACGUCUCUCCUGCGAUCCCGGCCCCGGAUGGUUCUCCCAGUGCAAGGCAUUGUGUGCCUCGCGGCCUUUGGCCUGGCACUUCCCUUGGCCAUCAGUCUCUUUCCACAGAUGUCGGAGAUUGAGACAUCUCGACUGGAGCCAGAAAUUGCAAUGGCCACUACCGGUAAGGCUGUUGUCUACAAUAAAGGAUUGUAAGUGGAAGAGGAUCCUCUGAGCACAGAAGAUUGGGGGAGGAAAAGGGGAAGCUCACAAUUACUUCUGGGGGGGAAAAACAAACGCUAGAACUCAGAGAUAGUAACAUACCACUCUCAGGAGCUGGGAGUGAAUUAACACUUUCAGAAUACUGACACCUCACAUCAGUCAAAAAGAUUACUAGUAAAAGUUUUAAAUUAGCAACAAGAACAAAAACAAAUGACUUUCAAGCACGUUAGAGAACUAGCUACAAUAUAAUGUCCUGAAUUAGAAACAGCUCUGCAUGGAAAGGAGUUUAAUGAUCUGUUGACAUGGGUAUGCCUAACUCUCCGUGAAAGUAGACUACGCAAGACAAUUUUGUUUUUUUAAUAAGAAUGAAAUCUCAACACUUGGAUGCUGCACAGAAAUAAUUCUGUAGAAAUCGAUUGGUGCAUGAGUUAGAAGCGCUAGACAGGGCAUUUGAUAAGUGUACAGUAUUGAUUAAAUGUCAAUCUUGCGCCAGUAAUCAUGCACAAAAACAAUGUUCCUUGGUUAGGUUUGUGACACUUUGAUUCUAAACAAAUAACACAAUGAAGGUCAUAGCCUGUGUGCCCUCCCUCCCUCUCCAACAAACAACUAGGGUGGUAUCCUGGCAUUCAUUGGUCUUACAAGAUAUUCUGUGUGAUUGGAGCCUAAUGCACUAGCAUAUUUGCAGGUUUUGCCCAGGCUAGCAAGCUAACGAAAAGUCAACCUGCCAAGUUACAGUGCACAGAAUGGGACGAGAUCUGCUAGUAUAAACAGAUCUGUCCUUUAACUUUGCAUAAUGGACCAAAUUCUGUUCUCAUGUACAUUGACAUACCCCUAGAGUAAAUUCACUGGCUUCUGUUAAAUUACACGGCUAUAAAUGAGAGCAGAAUUAGCCUAAUGGUGAAGGGCCAGAUCCUCGGCAGGUGUAAACCAUCAGACUCCAUCUAUUUCAGUGGAACUCUGUUGAUUGACACUGUCAGAGAAUCUGACUUGUCAUAUAGACCACAUUCUAAUCGCUCACACCAGAGUAAUUCCGCUGCAGCCAGUGGCGUUACUGCCGAUUUAGGCUGGUGUUACAGAGCUUAGAAUUUGUCCCAUUGCUGCAUUUCACCAAUGAAUACAAUGAGAAUGAAAGGAUCUUUCUCCAGGUACGAUGGUAAUGGGUACUAUAGAAAUACACAUAUUAUAAUGAUUAAAAUGCCAGGUUGGAUUUGGGGCUUUUGGGGGGUGCAUGGGAAACCAAACUGCCUCUGCUGUAGAAUGUAUACAAAUGGGUUCUUGCAAUGGUUCAUGGGUAGCAGGCCGAUGUCACCAAUGUGUUACUCCAGUUUUAUGCUCGUCUGACUCCUCGCUGGAGUUACACAGUAGUGGAUCAAACCAAAGGGGGCUGAUUCUGCUCCCAUGCUGGUAUAAAUCAGGAGUAACUGCGCGGAAGUCAGUGGAGUUACACCAGUGUCUAAAACCAGCCUAAGUGAGAGGAGAAUCCGUCUCAAAGCAUUGUAGCCAUACUUAGCUUAGUGGGCCAAAUCAUGUUCUCAGUUACGCUGGUGUAAAUCCGGCGUAUUUUCACUUAAGUCUACGGCCCUAUUCUGGAUUUACCCCAGGUGUAACAGACAGCAGAAUUUAACCCAAUAUAGUUCUUCUAAUGCACUAGAUCACAUGACUGUACAUGAGCGAGGCAGCCAGUGUCUGCUGAGCAAUAGCCAAGCAGAAGGAGUUUAGAAGGAGACAGACGGGAAUAAAUGUGCUGUACCAAGGCACAGAAGUACAAGAAAUAGCAAGACUGGACUCUGACGGGUGCAGGAAACGAUGGGGGAAGUGUAUAUUCUGAAGCACGUUCCACCAAUGCACAGAUGGAACGUGGAAAUGUUGGGCUGGUGCGCCUCUUACACAAUUGUUUUACCCCAAAGCGACUCCAUCCUCACCAACGGAGCUGCCCCUUGUGCUCACCUACAUGGGAGGAGAGUCGAGCCCAGGGGCAUUAGAAUGGUGUAUCCUGGGUGCGAGGGAGUCAGGCCUGCAAAGUCCCGUUCUGCCAGUCACAUGCUGCAGGGACACACAGGGCCAGAUCCUCAGCCGGUGUAAAUUGAGAUCAGUGGCAUUAUCUUGAUUUAUACCAUAUGAGGACCAGAAGAACUGAUCCUUCACUGUCUUGUGCCUUGUGUCGGUCACACCUGCACUUGCACUGGGGGUCUGAGCCAGAGACCAUUCAGGUCAAUGCCGUACUUUUCACUGGCUCCAGCAGGCUUUGGACCAGGCCCAAAGCGAGUGCCAGAGCCCUACCUUUUUAGUGCGGUAACAUUGUACAUCCACUUUGCACCGGUAUCUAAAAUGACACAAAGGGCAAUCCAGCACAGAAUCAGGCCCAUUGAUUCCAAGCAGUGUGUAGGUGGGUUAUGUGGCUCACACCAGCAAUGAAACCAAAAAGCCAGGCCUACCACUGCAGCUAGGUAAGAAAUGGAGCACACAAAGAGGUGAAGCAUAAAAAUGCCACUGAGAAACGCACACCGCUUUGGACAAAAACACAGAUCACAGAAUUAGCAAAAGAAAACCAGGACUUUUCAUUGCUGCGCUGGUUGGGUGAAAGAUAAAAGCCAAAUUAAAAUAAACCUGAACCCCACUACUGAUGGAGACACACAUACACGUAUAUAUGUGGUGGAGAAAAACUAGUAUUAAAAAUGUGCCAAAUGUGUAACAGCUAAA